ACGGCGAUUGUUUUUAUCAGCUGCAGCUGUGUUGAAGUCUCGAUUUUCUGUUUUUUCCAAAAUAAAGUAAAAUUAGCGACGGAAAAAGAAGCAAAAGCCAAGAACGAAAACGACAGACGAACAACUGGCUGAAUUUUGGGUGAGCCGCAGUGUAAACAAUAUGAAAUGGCCUAGCAACAACCGCAAGUGAAGUGAACUGGGCCGUAAUUGGGUAAACAAACCGCAGAGUGCAAUAUGACGUCGACAGCGGACAACAACAACAACUGCCAAGUGCAGUUGCAACAAAGUGUGCGCACCAACAUUCCCUGGCACGACUUACCCGUUCACUUGCGCUCCGUGCUGCACAACAAUCAGCGCGACUAUGAAAAGUUUGUCUUCAACUACAGCCUGAAGAAUCAGCUGCGCUUUCGUGGCAAUCUGGCCUCGAAGGUGUUUCGCCAGGAGCAGCGCUACUACGAGCUGCUCAUACAGAAGAACAUCAAUGGGCUGGGCGUGUUUCCCUACCAUCUGGCGGACAUUGUUACCAAGGGGCUGCGUGUAACGCCCUUCAACUAUUAUCUGGAGGUGCUUAGUCAGCUGCUACGCAGCGAUAAGAGCUACGACACGCUGCCCAACUUUACGGCGGCUGAUUGUCUGCGUGUUCUAGGCAUUGGACGCAACGAAUACUUGGCCCUGAUCAGCGAGCUCAAGACGCAUACAACGCGCACGAUUCUGUUCAACAGCAAGCCCAAUCCGUUGGACUUUCUGCCGCGCCUGCCGGUGCGCGUGCAUAUAGAGCCGUGGUGGCGUCUGGACAUUGGCUAUGUGCUGGAGACGGACAUACGUCUGGUAACCUCUGCUGAGCGCAGUCUAUUGGACGAUCUUAUUGACUUUGGCGCUCAGCCCGCUGGCAAAUGCGAUUAUCAGGUAGUUCAGAGUCUCUAUCGCAAGGGUCUAAUCUAUCUGGAUGUGCCCAUCUGCAGUGAGGAUCGCAUUAGCAUACCGCCGUUGCGUAACUUUGUCAUGAAUCGUGUCAGCGGCGACUACUUUGAGAAUUUGCUGUACAAGAUCUUUGUCAGCGCCGACGAGCACAUGAGCAUGGCCGAGCUGGCGCACAUGCUGCAGCUGGAGCUGGACAGCGUAAAGCAGGCAGUUAGCUUUAUUUGUCGUCUGGGUUUUGCGCAACGCAAGCAGUCCGAACAUGAAACAGAUCAGCCGCAUCCCAGCUGGGUGGGCUACAAUGAGGAGCAGCUGCAGACGCCGCAGAUAACGCCACUGAACUACAAUCUGCAUGCGGGCACAGGCAGUCGCUUUGACUUUGAGCAGCAGGCAAGUCCCAAGACACCCAAGCAGGACAAAGACAGCAGCUCCAUUGGCUACUUAUCCUCGGACGGCAACACAAGCGACUUUAGCUUUGCCAAUGUCACCACGCCCAAUGCCAACAGCACGCAGCAUAACAGCGACGAACAGGAGCUCAGCUCUGAGCUGGAGGACCUAAGCGAACGCACGACUACGACCAAAGCGCCCACUGCUACGCCUGCGCCUGUUAAGAGCGGCAAGCGCGUUGGCUUUCUAUUCGACUCGACGCUCACAGCGUUUCUCAUGAUGGGCAAUCUAUCGCCUGGGCUGAAGAAUCAUGCCGUCACCAUGUUUGAGGUGGGCAAACUUUGCGAGGAGAGUCUGGACAGCUUUCUGGCUGAGCUGGAGCAGGUGUCGCUGCUGGAUGCAGAGGGUGAAGGCGAUGUGUCGCGCUAUUUUGCGCAUGCGGUUAUACUACGCUCCACCAUCUGCUCGCUGCGUCCGCUGCUGCCGGGUGGUUUGGAUCUGUUGCGCCUGGAGUGUCUCGAGGGACUCGACAGAGAGACGCGCGAUCGAGUGCUGGAGAAGAAAUACAAGUUUAUUGUAUCAGCUACGCCACUCACUGCAAGCUUGAGUCACAACUUUAGCAUUCCGUUCUUUGGACAGUUUAUGCGCAGCUCCGAUGCGCUGCCCAUGUGGAGCAAGCUCUUCUACAAUCAUAUCACAGGCUAUGGACCACCCAGUUUGCUGCUGGUUCGCGGCACAGUGCUUAAGGCGCUGCCACGCCUCUUUUUGGGCUACGGCAAGCUGCUGGUUAAUAUUUUACAUUCCGACUCGUAUGUGCUCAACUCGGAGAACUUUCGCAAUCUAAACGAUCAGCUGAAAAAUGGCUGCGUGCUGCUCCAGGGCUACGGCAUACGCACACCCGGACAGCUGCACUACGAAUCCUUUCCAUUCCAGGCCAACGAUGCACGCCAAGCCAAGUGGGCCACACAUGGCGCAGUGCAGAAGCUAGCCGCACUCUUGGAUCUGCGCCAGCAGUGCGGCUACAUAACAUUCCUUAACACGGGCGUGCCCGAUUUGGGCUGUGAGGAAUAUGAGCUGGCGGUCAAACUUAAGCAGCCACAACGCAAGCGCGCCUCUGUGCCCAGUGCCAAUAAAUCCAACGUGCCAAAUGAUCAGCUAACCAGCUAUCAGCUCAAGAGUCCAGACGAAAACUAUUUUGCGACUACGCCGGAGCAUGGGCCGGCAAAUGAGUACACCUCAGCGGACUGCACGCAGCUUUUGGCCAGCGAGCUGGCCAAAUGUCCCAACAGCAGUCGCGGUGAGCUCAUCUCCCAAAGCAGCGUGGAGCUGCCCAUGGAUGGCCAAAGCAGCAGCGCCAGCGAGCCUGAGCCGCUCACCGAGGAGUGGACGCUGCUCGAUGUAAACUUUGGUGUGCCGCUGUUCGAUGUGGACACCAACACGCGCAUCUGUGAGCAGCUAGUGCAGCAGCUAUGCCGUGACGAGAACCUAGCGGCGUUGCCUGGUUCUGCUCAACAGACGCAGUCGCUCUUUCUGGAGUUUGUGCGCACGUGCUUGUACUUUGAGGAUGAUCCUGCCACGCCGGCGCAGCUACGUGAGCCACUGCAGCCCAGCAGAGCGUUGCCGCAUCCACGCAUCAGUCUGGCAUUUGAAAAUGGACGCGUUUGCUAUUGGAACGGUCGUUAAAUAUUUAUUGUUCACACAUUCCUUACAAACCAACCAGUCAAGCUUACAAAUUGUGUUUGCCCCAGCUACGUAUAAUUAACUUACUAUCAGCGCUAACCCCCAUUUCCAUGUACAGUUAUCAAUAUAAACAAUAUAUAUACAUAUUUAUUGUGCAACGGCCAGCCAAUAGCUUAGCUAAUGUAGAGAGAGAGCGACAAGUCAAGUCGGGCGUGUAUUCCGUUUUUAUUUUAAUUAGUCUUCUAAGUCAAGGCAGUGUGGCAAUUCGCAAUCCAUAGAGCUCACAAAAUUGCAUUCAAUAUCUUAUUAUCUUUGGUAGUAAGCACACUCUUUUUAUGUAUUUAAAUCGUAUAUAGUUGUAUGCAUAAAUAAAUAACAA